AUGUCGGACGUAGAGCAGCUUUUGCGCAGCUUGUUGGACACUAUCGCCACAGAACACGAUUACAAAGACUGUGAAACUAAACUGCACUCGUUUUCCACAGGAGGGGCCAACUACACUUCUCAACUGCAUUACAUUACGGUAUCCGCACCAGAGAAGGAUGACCUCAAACUAUUUGCGAAAUCAGCUAUUGUCAACGAGAAUAUGCGAGCUCAAGUACCGUUCGAUAUAUUCGAAAAUGAAAUGUUUUUCUACUCGGAAUUGCUCAAGCAGUUUCAAGAGAUGGAGAUCCAACACAACGUCCCGAAAGAACAUAGGCUAGCCACUGCAAAAUUCUACGGUUGCAAUAGGGAAUAUCUGAAAGAAAUUCUAGUACUGGAAGAUUUAUCGUCACAGGGCUUUGAUACUCACGAUAGAUUGAAGAGUUUUGAUUGGAAUUACGCCUCCAAAGCAGUCACAGAACUGUCCAAAUUACAUGCUCUAUCUAUCGCCUACAGCAAAGAUUACCCUGAGAAGUUUGAUGCACUGUGCACCAGAUUCAAGUCACGCAUAGACGUAGACAACCUCAAGGGCUUUGUGCAAAGCAUGAUAGACAAAGUUAUGGCCGUUCUCAAAGAAGAAAACAAAGCCAAAAUAGAAACGUUCCUUCAGAAGGUACAAAAUGAUGAUUUCCACAAAUUUGUUAUGCCAUUACGUCGACCUAUCAUUGCACAUGGAGACUUUAGACCCAGUAACUUAAUGCACAGAACACGAGAGUACGGGCAGUUAGAAGUGGUGAUUCUAGACUACCAGACGCUUCAAAUCUCCAACCCGAUCAUUGACCUGAUGUACUUCAUCUUCAGCGGAUCCGAUGAAGAGUUUCGUGCUAAACACUAUCGCCAACUCCUCGACCAUUACUACUUGGAACUUUGCAACGCUCUUAGCAGGUUGGAUGUCGACGCUGACGAAGUAUACCCAAAGGAAGAUUUCGAAUACGAAUUGGAAAAGAUCCAACCAUACGGUCUGUUUAUGAGCUUAAUGUUGCUGCCGAUGGUGACUGUUGAAGCAGAGAACGCGCCAAAAAUGGACGGCGUUAGUGACUUCAGGGAUUUCGCGAUUAAACCUAACGAACUCGCAGCAACUAGAUUGAACGGAGUCAUCGAUGACUUUGUUAGGCUAGGUGUAUUGUGA